AGGCUGCUAAAGAGACCAAGAUCGUGCACGAAGUCUUCUGGCUGGUGCACGCCGCUGCCAUGCAGUGGGGUGUGUGCACAACAGAUCCUACCUAUCUGGAAACCAAAGGCUGGAGCCUGAAGAGCAGCGAGAGGAAAGAUGGACGGAGUAGGCUCCUUUGGCGCUGGUAGAGCAGGGGCUGUCUUCGACCCUAUCGCUUAUAUCCAACAGCCGACGACAAUCCUUAGACUAGUAGCCUGGAUUUUCUCUAUUGUGGUGUUUGGGUCUAUCGUGAACGAGGGCUACAUCAACAUUGGGAGCGAGAGACUGUACUGCGUCUACAACAAGAACAACGAUGCCUGCAACUUCGGGAUCACCACUGGCAUCAUAGCCUUCCUGGGAUGCCUCUUCUUCCUUUUCUUGGACAUGAAGUUCCAGCAGAUCAGCAGCAUCAAGGACAGGAAGAAGGCAGUGAUGGUUGAGAUCGGCUUUUCAGGUUUCUGGACGUUCAUGUGGUUUGUCAGCUUUUGCUUCCUGGCUAACCAGUGGAGCCGCACCACUCCAGACGAGCUGCCCUUGAACCAGGGGGCCGACGCUGCCCGCGCCGGCAUCGCGUUCUCCUUCUUCUCCAUUUUUACUUGGGCUGGUUUGACUGUACGGGCCGUGCAGAAGUUCCUCCUGGGGACGGAUAUGAGCCUCUUCACCACGGAACACUUGGACGGCAACGCCACCAUCCAGCCAUACCCUGCCGGCACCGGGGCUGAGACCACCGACACCUACCAGAGUCCCCCCUUCACCGAGAACCUGGACUCUACCGCCCCCUACCAGGUGCCCAUCUACUAGUGGAUGGAGACUCAGCAGCAUCAAAGUGGAGCAGGUCCAAAUGUGUCUGUGUCAAGGGGAAGUUUGGGUGGGGAAAGGGGGGCGGGGGGGGGGAUGGGUGGCUCACCCGACCAAGGUGGUGUAACAGUGUUCAUAGGUAGUGCUGUGCUGUGAUCCUCUGUGCAGGGUUUUUUUCGAUCGUGGUGUCAACUUUCAUCCUGAUCUGUUUUAGGUAGUUCUGCGUUGCUAUGCUAGGUGGUACCUGAAAAUAUAUAUAUAUAUAUAAACACGCUGCACAUCGCACCCACAUCAAAGGGUCUCUCUGACAGCUUCAGACCUCAGAGCAAAGUGGAAUUAAUUUGACCUGGUAUAAAAGGAAGUAUUUAUGAUGUGUGGUACAAUGUUCUUUCAAGUGUUCAUACCUGUAGGUGUUGGGAGAGGAUAUUAUUUGUGUUGCAUGUAUCAAAACUUAUACACAUGAAGUGCCAUGCAUCAGGACAUCUUGAACUACUAGGUUUCCAUAUGCUGUAGACAUGUGGUCACGUGCAAUAUAUUUAAAAAAGAGAAUUAUCAAAUUGUCUUAAAUCAGUCCUCAAAUUAUAGAUAUUAUAUACAUUUUAAAGAAUAUGUUUACAAAAGCUGCCAAACUAUUUGUUUGAAGAUAUUUUUUUUUCUGUGUGUGAUGAGUAGUCUUCCAAAGGGGGUUCUAAUGGCCCACGGAUGCUCCAGAGUAGCCCAUUAUGAAGUGAUGCAGGGUGAUUCAGUGUCAACAGGUAGACAUGCAAGUUCAGUGUUGGGAUUUUUUUCCGUGUGAAAACAUUUGUGCAGUUUUUGUGCUUACAGUAGACCUGUGUGGGAAUUCAAGGGAGCUCAGUUUUACUUUUGUCUCUGUACAGUGGUGGUCAGUGGACAUGAGAGGGCAGUCUGAACCAGUGUCUAGUAGGGGCUUAGUAUUAAGUAUUGAGGCGUCAUAGCCCAGAUAUGAAACAGAAGUAUAGCUGAUACACACUGAAAGGAGGUUAGUUUUACUCUUUAACUCUCUCAAGACUCUGCCUUUUGUUACCGUUUGUGCGCUCCCGGUAAACUGUACAGUUACAAAUAUGGUGAAGAUGCAUGCAGUAUUUGAAACAUUUCAUUUGAUUUAUCCUUGCUCAAUUCAAUGCAGCAAAAUAGCGCAAGUUCUUCAGAUUGAGCAAGCUAGGCUAAUUCACUAUGACGCUUCAACACAGGCCCCGUCUUCGAAGUUCAACCCAGUGAAGAUCAUUAUUUGACUAGAGACAAGCUGAUCAGAGACACAUUUGCUUCCCUAAAAAGAUGAGAUUUUUCAGAUGGGUGUAAUUUUCAAAAGGCGUUUUGGUAAGUCAUCAGUGCUUAGUCUAAUAUGUGGUAGAUCAUCUCCAAUGUAUCUAUGUUCUGAGAUAGGCCAAUGUACACAAAGUAACUGAUUGUAACACAGUACAUUAUAAAUGGAGUACGUUUGUGAA